AGCACAUUUAGCUUUAGUAUUCAAAUUCCAAAGUAGUUCAAGUAUUUCACUCCAAUUGAUCAAAAGUCAUCUAGUAAAUCGAUACAAAAACAGACUUCAUCCAAGCGGGGCUCCAUCGAAAUUCCAAAUUGUUGCAAUCCUUGGACUCGGGAUUUCGCAGACUAAGGCAGACCAGCACAACAAGGGAACACUGCAACAGUUGAUAAGAAUAUAUCAUAUGUCAUCCUAUCAGCAGCACACAUCUUCCAUAACCACAUCCACGCCCAUCAAUUAUCUGUCCAAGGAUGCCGCCGUUGGCUACUGCAUGGACUAUAUGGUCAGAAGGAAUCGUAUCUUGGCUGCCAAGCAACAACAACAACAACAGCAGCAGCAGGCAGAGCAGGCGACUAGCGAUGCAUCGUCGGAGAGCAGCAGCUGCUUCGAGCUGCUGCCCGUCAAUCUGGACGACGUAAUCGCACGGCUGACCGAGUCGGGAUCGAGUUUGGCGGGCAGCGGACAUGUGUCGCUGGAGGAGCACGAGAUCAGCGAGAUUUGUGCCCAGGCGCGCGAGGUGCUGCUCAAGGAGCCGAUGCUGCUCAAGCUGCGCGCCCCCAUCAAUAUCCUGGGCGACAUACACGGCCAGUUCCACAAUCUGCUCAAGUACUUCAAGAUGACGGGCUAUCCGCCGGACACGAGCUAUCUGUUCCUCGGCGACUAUGUGGACCGGGGCAAGCAGUCCGUGGAGACGCUGACUCUGCUGCUGGCAUUGAAGAUCCGCUAUCCGGACAGCAUCUACCUGCUGCGCGGCAACCACGAAAGCGCCAGCCUGAACCGCAUCUACGGCUUCUACGACGAGUGCAAGCGACGCUACAACAGCAAGCUGUGGCGCUGCUUCGUCGACUGCUACAGCUGCAUGCCGGUCGCGGCGAUCGUCGAGGACAACAUCUUUUGCUGUCACGGCGGACUGAGCCCGAGCCUGGCCAGCAUGGAUCAGAUACGCUUGAUCCAGCGACCGUGCGAGAUACCCGAACAGGGGCUACUCUGCGAUCUGGUGUGGUCCGAUCCGGAUGCCCGCACCAUUGGCUGGGGCCUCAACAAUCGGGGCGUCAGCUACACCUUUGGCCCCGACAUAGUUAGCUCGUUUCUGGAGCGGCACGGCUUCAGCCUAAUCUGUCGCGCCCAUCAGGUGGUCGAGGAUGGCUACGAGUUCUUCGCCAACCGCCAGCUCCUCACCAUCUUCUCGGCGCCCAACUAUUGCGGCGAAUUCGACAAUGCCGGCACCAUGAUGUGCGUCGAUCAGAAUCUACUGUGCACCUUCCGCAUGCAGAAGCCGAUGUCCAGUAGCAAACGUUAUUCCCAUACGGCGCAUAGUAAUUUCUUCAAGCCCCUCCAUUCAACGUAAUACGCAUAUUACGUAUAUACAUUGAAUAUCGUUAUGUCAACUGUAUUUCAGACA